AGAAUCGCUUCAAACGCCGACGUGAUCAGGUCAAAACGUAUUUUCUUCAUUUAGAUUUCAAAAAAUAUAUCUAAGUUUUACAUGUACAUAGAAACUUCCAUUUACUAUGAUCAUGCGUUUUAUAGUGCUAUUGUUUAUAUGCAGCUUCAUUUAUCCUUGUUAUGUCUCUUCUAUAGGAUUUCGACGCAUCUCUAAAGUAUCUCUAAAGAAGACGAAAUGCGAAGACGGGUAUUUUCAAUGCAACAGUGGCGAGUGCAUACCAGUCGACAAAAAAUGUGAUUACAUUGAUCACUGUAUAGAUGGAUCAGAUGAAGAUUUUGAGUGCGACCACCUAGAUGAAAAAUCCUUUAUCACAUGCGCCAAAGACCAAUUCAAAUGUAAAAACCAAGAAUGUAUACCGGCAGCGAAGUACUGUGAUAUGGUGAAUGAUUGCCUGGAUGAAAGUGAUGAGCACGACGGCUGUGUGAAACACCUGAAUUGUACCAACAAAUUUCUGUGUACCGACGGACAUUGCAUAAAUAAAGAAUGGGUUUGCGACGACAGGAACGAUUGUCCCGACGGCAACGACGAGUGGAAUUGCAAAGCAAAUAAAACAUCGUCCGCGAGUUCUUGUAAAACUGAGAACUACCAAUAUAUGUGUGCAAAUCAUCGAUGUAUAUCUCUUAAAGUAGUAUGCGAUAAAAAGGAUGACUGUGGCGAUGGAUCAGACGAAGGUCCCGGUUGUACACAAUUCAAUUGCUCGUCGGCAGGAUGCCAAUCCAAUUGCCAUCAAACUCCUAAAGGAAGUGUAUGUACCUGUAAACCAGGUUAUAAAUUACAAAAAGAUAAUCGCACUUGUAAUGAUAUUGAUGAGUGUCAGGCUUAUGGCAUAUGUGAUCAAGAUUGUAUGAAUGUCCCAGGAUCGUAUGCGUGCACAUGCCAAAGGGAAUACUAUUUGGAAAAUGACAAAAGAACCUGCAAAGCUCGAGCUGGUGAGGCAACAUUGGUGUUCUCUACAAGAACCAGUAUUCUCGGGAUGCAUGUCGAUUCGGAAAAGUUUUUUUCGCUCGCGACAAACUUGAAUCACGCUGUCGGUGUUGCUAUGUACGGCGAUUACGUAUAUUGGUCGAAUCUUGAAGAAAACGGCUAUAAUACUAUUGUAAAAAAACGCACGUAUCAUCCACAAGCACCGAACGAAGUCAUUGUUACAACAGGCUUGGCAUUGAUAACGGGGAUAGACGUGGAUUGGAUUACAAAGAACAUAUAUUUCGCGGACGAGGAUAACCAUUGUAUUGGAGUUUGCACAAACGAUGGCACGUACUGCACCGUAUUAAUCAAAGAUACUGACAAACCAACAGGAGUCGCUUUAUUACCAACCCAAGGAAAAAUGUAUUGGAGCGAUUGGGGUACUUUUCCACAUAUAGCAGUGGCCGGAAUGGAUGGUAAAAACGUCCGUAUAUUCGUCAAUGAAAAGUUAGAAUGGCCGAAAAGUGUCACUAUUGAUUAUCCGAACGAGAGAUUAUAUUGGGUGGAUGCCAAGUCAAAGAUGAUCGAAUCUGUACGCUUAGACGGCACUGAUCGAAGAAUAGUGUUACAUGAUAUAAUACAAGAGCCAUUCUCUAUGACGGUCUUUCAAAAUAAAUUAUACUGGAGCGAUUGGGAAUCCAAUGGGAUACAGACCUGCAAUAAAUUUACUGGAAAGGAUUGGAAGAUCUUAAUUCGUAAUCAUAAUAAACCUUAUAGCGUGCACAUGGAUCAUUCAGCGAUAAAACCUAAUAUUGACAAUCCAUGUUACUCUAAUCCGUGUUCUCAAUUAUGCAUGUUGAAUCAGAAUAAAGGUUACACGUGCGGCUGCACUUUGGAUAAGAAAUUAAAUGCCGACAAACAUACUUGUCAAGAUGUGAAGAAGAAUCAGCAUUUAUUAAUUAUUCAAGGAAGAAAAUUCAUUAACUACUAUCACGAAUUCUUAGGAAAGCCAAAAGUAAUGACAUUGUCACUGCAACACAUGUCACAACAAUCAUAUAACAAUCUAGUGAAUAUAAUAUCUGAUCCGCUCUCAGGUCAGAUAAUUAUUUGCCAUCUGCAAUUAUCAACGCCUUUCUUAACGUCAACGACAGACAUCUUACGCUAUGAUCCAGUCCACCACAGUUCGGAAAAAAUAGUGACGAUCAAUAAGAUAUUUUUCGAAUUAGCAUUUGAUUAUAUUGGCAAUAACUUGUACACAACAAAUACUGUAAACCAAUCUAUCGAGGUAAUCAACUUAAACACCAAGGCAAUGACGGCCUUUUAUUUUAAGGAUGAGGUUCCUAAAUAUAUUGCACUAGCUCCUGAAGAAAGCAAGAUGUUCGUAGCCUUUCAAAAAUCAAUGCAUUCGAUCAGUGGUUUGACUUUAUAUGAGAUGCAAAUGAACGGACUCGGUAAAAGAAAGCUAAUUAGGGAAGGAUUAAUUGGUCCACAAUUACCAAUGUACUAUGACAGAGACAGUAAAACACUUUUUGUGAGUGAUUUGCUCCCAGGUUACAUUUACUCGCAUUCGGCCCAAGACACGCGUAUACUUCGUUCUGGACUAAAGAGCCCCCACAGUCUUACUGUCGCCGGCGACAAUCUUUUCUGGAUCGAAUCACAGAAUAAAUUAUACUCGACAAAUUUUAGAACAGCCUCUGUAAAACAGAAGACUGUUGAGUUUGAUCUCUCUAAAUUAAACGAUAAUAUGACAUCUUUACCUGGUCAUUUGACACCUUAUUCACGCGAUGCACAGUAUGUGGUAACUCUGCGCAAAGAUGAUAUACCAAAGCACGAUUGUCAGAAAAAUAAUGGAAAUUGUUCACACGUGUGUUUGCCUUCUCUUAUUACUUCAUUUAUCUGUGCUUGUCCUCCUGGAAUGGAACUAUCAAAUGAUAAUCGUACAUGCAUUUCGCAUCAUGAAUGUUCUAAGAACGAAUAUAAAUGUAGCGAGCACAACAUCUGCAUACAAAGAAACCAAUUGUGUGAUGGCAUCGAAAAUUGCCCGAACGGUGAAGACGAAACGAGUGAAUGCAGAAUAAAAGGAAGAUGCAAGGAAAAUCAGUUCAUGUGUAAAAAUGGCGACUGCAUCAGGUUAAAAGAUCGUUGUAACUCGCGUUACGAUUGUACCGAUCAAUCGGACGAGCAGAACUGCGAGAAACCGAAAUGCAAAAGUGAUGAAUUUCAAUGUAAAUUUACUGAGACUUGCAUACCGAAGACCAAAAUGUGCGACAGCAAUCCUGAUUGUGACGAUUUAAGUGAUGAGGAAGAUUGCAGGAAAGUAGAGUGCACUUCAAACGAAUUCAAGUGCAACAAUGGUAAAUGCAUUCCAAACACAUUUGUAUGCGACAACGAUAACGAUUGUGAGGAUGGAGAGGAUGAAGCAGCCGAGAAAUGUUACUCAAAGAUAGCAUGUAAAAUGCCUAAGAUGUUUAAGUGCCCAAAUGGUGAUUGUAUAAGUGACUCGUUAUUAUGCAAUGGCAUAAACGAUUGCAACGAUGGUAGCGAUGAGGUGCACUGCUUAAGUAAUGUAACAACUCAUUUGGUUAAUUGCAGUUUAAAUGAAUAUCGGUGUCUCGGCACUGAUAUAUGUCUUCCAAAAAAUGUAAGAUGCGACGGCAAAAAUGAUUGUCCGCAAUCAGAUGACGAGCAAAAUUGCACGUAUUGUUUCGAGAAUGAAUUUGCCUGCGAUAAUAAAAGGUGCAUUCCGGAGCUUUGGGUAUGCGACAAGGCCAAUGAUUGUGGCGACAAUUCGGAUGAGAAGAAUUGCGAUGGCAGUAAAAGGAACUUCAUCGAAUCUAACGAAUGUGAUGAAUUUAAAUGUUCUGUCGGCACUUGUUUGCCGUACAGCAAAGUAUGCGACGGUAAUCGAGACUGUCCAGAUGGCAGCGAUGAAACCGGAAAAUGUCAAACGGCCUGUACGGUGAACAAUUUCUGUAAAGGUAUGUGUUACAAGACACCAGCAGGCGCAGUUUGCGGAUGUCAAUCAGGAUAUCGCUUAGCUGUCGACAUGAUUUCCUGCGAGGACAUAAAUGAAUGCGAAUUAGAUAUUUGUUCGCAAAUGUGUCGGAACACUAUAGGCUCUUACGAGUGUUUCUGUAAAGACGAAUUUAUUAUUCGCAACGAUAAAACCUCUUGCAAAGCUGUCGGGCCGGCAAUGGAAUUUAUCACUGUUACUGAUAAUGAUAUUAGGAAGAUGACGCACAAUUUACAUUCAACUACUCAAUUACUCUUUCCGUUAAUGGGCGUAAGAGUAAGUGGUCUCGACGUGAACGCAGUCAGUGACUCUGUUUAUUGGAGUAAUGAUGAAUUCGGCACUAUUAAAAAACUCAACAUUAGAACGAAUGAAAUAGUGACAGUUAAAAUUGUCGAGCAUCCACAGGCACUCGCGGUUGAUUGGAUUACUGGUAACGUCUACGUCAAUGAUAAUAGCCAUCUGAAUACGAUUAAGGUAUGCAAUUUGGAGAAAGGAAAAUGUGCGACGCUUGUUAAAAUACAGGAUAAAAUGAAAGUGGCGUCCGUCAUAGUUGAUUCGAUUAACAGAUGGUUAUUCUGGGCUGAAAUAUCUUUGGAAGCAGAUCAUCCAACCAGCAAAAUAUGUCGAACAGAUAUGACGGGUGCUGACAUGAAGAUUAUUGCUUCCGAUCUGGGUUUUGUGAGAGGAAUGACAAUCGAUCAUGUAAAAUCUAAAUUAUAUUGGUCGGACGAUUUCUAUAAAACCGUCGAGUCAUCUAAUUUUGAUGGAAGUCAACGCAAAGUGGUCUUAACUUUAAAUAUGAAUCACGCGUUAAGCAUUAGUAUUUUUGAACAGUCUCUUUAUUUUUUGAGUUCGGACAAUCUACUAAGCAGCUGUAAGAUGUACGGUAAAAGAUCGUGUGAACACGUAAACAUAGGCGCAAGUAAUGUUUUCAGGCUCUUCUCCAUUCUUCAUAUUUCCAGACAGGUACCUUUCGCUAAUCCUUGCGAUGCAGAGUAUUGCGAUUAUAUGUGUGUUUUAAAGAAGGAGAACGCAACGUGCAUUUGUUCAGAUGGUGAAUCAAUAGAAUCCAAUAGCACGUGCAACAUAAAAAAUGACCUCAAAUUUGUUGAAAGCAUUAAUUUCUCGAGAAAUACACGGAACAUAAGCGGCAUUUAUAGCAUAACCAUAAUCGUAUUAUUGGUUAGUGUUCUGUUAUUAUGCGUUUACUAUUACUAUCAGAAAAACAAAUUAAAGUCGAAGCCAGCGAGCAAUCUUAGUUGCAGCAGCAUUCACUUCCAAAAUCCGUCGUACGAUCGAAGCGAUGAAAUUGAAGUAAUGCUUGACUCCAUGGCUUCUUCUGAAUUAUCUCCCGGACAGCACGAAUAUAUUAAUCCUAUUAACAAUAAAUGUAUGAAGGCUGCAGAAAAUAAUGCAAAGAAAUCAAAUCAAUGCUCGGAGGGAAAGAAUAUUGAAGAGGAAAAACAGGAUGCGUUAAUUUAUUUUGUACAUAAUUCAAAAUAAUUCAAUUACAGUCGAAGAAAUAUCACAAAAAUUAAUAUUCAAAUUGAAUUUAAAAUUAGUCAAAUUUAAAUUUAAAAUUAGUCAACAAAACCUUUUAUGUGACGUUAGAAAAUUUCUUACUAUUUUGUAUCAUAAAUUUCAAGACGUUGUUGGUGAAUGUGUGCCUAUAAAUGCAAUAUAUACAUAAAUAUUGAUAUAUGUAACUCAAUAAUUUAGACAUAUUUGAUCACUACGAAAUCAAAUGGGUUACAAAAUGAACUAUGAUCUAUGUCAAAUAUUUCCUAUGCACGAUCACUUAUCUUU